AUGAACAUUUUCAUUCUAUUUCUAAUACCCUACGUGGCAUUUGCCAAGCUGGAAAUUGAGAUUUUCGGUCUGGCAAAAUGCCCCCAUACAAAUAUUCUAUUUAAAAAUCAACUCGGCCCAUUUUUCGCCAAGAAGAAUCACCAAAAAUUGGCGGAUGAUGUGAAAAUUGAUUGGCAUAUUAUACCGACGGGAACAAAACAGGUCAAUGGAAAAGUUGUGUAGGUUUUCUUAUUUUUUGAAGCCAAAUCCAUGUAGAUUUUGACUCGCUGUCCACAAUUUCGUCCUCAAAAAUUGCAAAGCUCAACUCUAAAUAUGAGUUAUGACGUGGAAUACUUAUCUUUAGGUAACAUUUCGAAAAUGUACUAAUAAUGACAUUUUUUAAACAUUCAUAAAAUGGGUCCCCUCACAGCAAAUUUUUUUCUACGUGACCUCAAAUAAAAAAUCAUUGCAGAAUGUGUUUUUCACGCGGCACACACAUCUGGGCGGAGCCUAAUAAAAUCCUGUUUUUACUCGUUUUUUGAGGAUUUGAACCCGAAUUUCAGGGAAAAGUUGAUUUUUCACUAUAAGAAUUGAGCAAAGAAGGGUUGAGGGAGGUCCGGAAGACAGAUAAUUGCUUAUUAAUCUUCUAAUUCCGCUCAAAAUGACGUUUCUCCAUAUUUUUCUCGAUUUUCCCAGGAAAGACAAUAAACUUUUGAUUCAAAAAACUAUUACUACUUGAAAAAUUAUCAACUACUUCUAAAAAUGUAGUUUGAGCAUGUUUCCUUCGGUUUCGGCUUCAAAAACACAUUUUUUGUGAAAAAAAACACAAAAAAAGACAUUUUUUUUGCGAAAAUACUGUAGCGACACGUGAAAUUGUGCAAUGAGAAAAUGCGUAGUGAAAAAUUUGCUGUGCCCUGAAUCGGGGUGAGGGGGCUUUGGCCAAUUUUCUGCUGAUAAUUUACUAAAAUUCCCAGAUUUGUCCAAAAUUCGCUCAAAAAUGUGAGGAAGGUGUUUAACUUUGGAAAAUUUUCCAGGAAGGACCCUAACUUUGACAACUGACUCGGGGGACCUAUUUUAUGUAUGUUUUUAAAUCACAAAUUUCGCCACGUUAUAAUUUAUAUUCAGAGUUGGGAUAGGCAAUUUUGAAUCAGGAUCAGCUGGUUCAAAAAAAUCUACCAGAAAACAUACAUUUUGAAAAAAAAACAGGGCAACAUGUCCACAUGGAACUUUGGAAUGUGAACUGGCGAAAUUCCAAGCGUGCGCCAAAAAAUAUUCAAAUUUCACAACUGGCAUCGUCACAGGUAACAAAUCUUCUUUUUCCAAUUUCUCCUCAAGAAACCUCCAAUUUUAAUUAAUUUUCAGUCUCUUGUAUACAAGGCGGAAAAUUGGAGGACAUUGAAAAAUGUCUAGAAAAUCAUGAAAAACGCGAGGAAAUUCGAAAUUGUGGGGUUUCACAACACGGUGAAGAUUUACUAUUCGGCGAGCAUAUGAUGCGCUCGAAAAUUGCACCGAAUUCGUACCAUGUAACCUAUAUUUAUAAUUUAGUUUUGAAGAAAACAAAAAAGAAAAUUACAGAUUCCAUGGGUUCAAAUAAAUGGCGAACGCAACACCGAGGCAGAAACUGAUUUUUUCAAAAUAAUUUGUGGUUUUCAACAAAUGAAAAAUACUUGUUCUUCCACUUCACAAUAA